CCGCCAGCAAAACCACCAAGACAUUUUUCUUUAUAUAAAAAUGAUCAUGAAAAUAGUUUAAUACAACAAACAAAUAAUGUUGUAAAAAAAGUUUUAAAUAUUGUUGAUACAUUUGAUAAUGAUACAAAUAUUUUACGACAAUCAUCAUUAAAUGCAAAUCAAUCACUUAAUUGUCAAAUAUCGAAUAGUUUAAAAAAUAUUGAAACAUUUUCUGUUCAACCAAUUUGUAUUGCAAUAAAUACUGAUCUUUCAUUAAUGACAAAAUCUAUUGAUACUAGUAUAGAUAAACCAAUGACAAUCAAAUCAUUGCCUUCUUCUUCUUCUUCUUCUAUUGAACAAUUGAAUAGUUCAGAAAAAUCAAUAAAUGAAAUCAUUCCAAUUGAAAUAAGUCAAUUGGCUAAAGAUGUAACAGAAAAUAUUUUACAAGAAGUUGAA